AUGACCUCAGAUGUACACAGCCAACACUUCCAACAGUUCCGCUACGAUGAGGCCAAACGGCCCCGAGAGAUGUGGGGACCAUCUUUGAAGAUGGAAGCGGAGGUCUCUGAGGAGGAAGGGUCUCCCUUGGGGGAAGAGCAGAAGACGCAGGCCCAGGAGCGUGCCCAAGAGGACCUCUCACAUGCAGGAGAUGUUGAAGAGCCAGUUGGGGAAUUUCAUGGGUUCCCACUGGAAAAAGCCAAGACUGAACAAGCUGAAGGAAACUUCGAAAACAGAGAUGAACCACAGAGGCAGGAAGGAAACCGUACAGCGAAAAGGGGAGUUAAGACCAUUCCUUGCCAAGGAAGCAGCUUCCAUGAAAUCCCAGUCUCCAGCCGUCACCAACGGACUCCUUCCGGAGUGAAGCCAUUCAUCUGUUCCAAGAAUGGAAUGACAUUCUCCGGUCGAAACAAGGGAAAUGCAUGUUUCCUGAACCACAGUAUAACCAAGACAUGUAAAUGUCAUUAUUGUGGAAAGUACUUCAGAUACAGAACACAGCUUUUGUUACACCAAAGAAUACACACAGCACAGAAGCAUGUUGAAUUCUCAGAGUGUGGAAAGAAGCUUAGUAUGAAUUCCAGUCUACAAAAGCCACAAAGAACCCACAUAGGGAAUCAAUGCUCAGAGUGUGGAAAGACAUUCAGUGCGGGUUCCCGUCUUCAGCAGCAUCUAAGAACCCAUACAGGAGAGAAACCUUUUGAAUGCUCAGAGUGUGGAAAGGCAUUCAGUGUGAGUUCCAGUCUUCAGUAUCAUCAGAGAACCCACACAGGGGAGAAACCUUUUCAAUGCUCAAAAUGUGGAAAGACAUUCAGUACGAGUUCCGGUCUUCAGCAGCAUCUAAGAACCCACACAGGGGAGAAACCUUUUGAAUGCUCAGAGUGCGGAAAGAGAUUUAGUGAGAAUUCCAGUCUUCAGCAGCAUCUAAGAACCCACACAGGAGAGAAACCUUUUCAAUGCUCAGAGUGUGGAAAGACAUUCAGUACGAGUUCCGGUCUUCAGCAGCAUCUAAGAACCCACACAGGGGAGAAACCUUUUGAAUGCUCGGAGUGUGGAAAGAGAUUCAGUCAAGUUAGCCAUCUUCAAGUGCAUCAAAGAACUCACACAGGGGAGAAACCAUUUGAAUGCUCAGAGUGUGGACAGAGAUUUAGGGAGAGUGACAGUCUUCAGAAGCAUUUUAGAACCCACACAGGGGAGAAACCUUUUGAAUGCUCAAAGUGUGGAAAGAGAUUCAUUUCAAAUCGCAAUCUUCAAGAGCAUUUCAGAAACCACACAGGGGAGAAACCUUUUGAAUGCUCGGAGUGUAGAAAGAGAUUCAGUCGUCGUGGCAGUCUUCAGCAGCAUCUAAGAACCCACACAGGGGAGAAACCUUUUGAAUGCUCAGAGUGUGGAAAGAGAUUCAGUCAUCGUGGCAGUUUUCGGUAUCAUCAAAGAACCCACACAGGGGAGAAACCUUUUGAAUGCUCAGAGUGCGGAAAGAGAUUCAGUCAUUGUGGCAGUCUUCGGUAUCAUCAAAGAACCCACACAGGGGAGAAACCUUUUGAAUGGUCAGAGUGUGGACUGAGAUUUGGUGAGAGGGGGACUCUUCAACAGCAUCAGGGAACCCACACAGGGGAGAAACCUUUUGAAUGCUCAGAGUGCGGAAAGAGAUUCAGUCAUCGUGGCAGUCUUCGGUAUCAUCAAAGAACCCACACAGGGGAGAAACCUUUUGAAUGCUCAGAGUGUGGACUGAGAUUUGGUGAGAGGGGGACUCUUCAACAGCAUCAGAGAACCCACACAGGAGAGAAACCUUUUGAAUGCUCAGAGUGCGGAAAGAGAUUCAGUCAUCGUUACAGUCUUCAGAGUCAUCAAAGAACCCACACAGGGGAGAAACCUUUUGAAUGCUCAGAGUGUGGAAAGAGAUUCAUUCACAGUGGCCAUCUUCAACGACAUCAAAGAGUCCACACAGGGGAGAAACCUUUUGUAUGCUCAGAGUGUGGAAAGAGAUUCAGUCUGAAAUACAGUCUUCAAAAGCAUCUAAGAACCCACACAAGGGAGAAACGUUUUGAAUGCUCAGAGUGUGGAAAGAGAUUUAGCCAGGUCUCCCAUUUGGCUGCACAUUUAAGAACCCACACAGGGGAGAAACCUUUUGAAUGCUCUGAGUGUAGAAAGAGAUUCAGUCAUGGUGACAGUCUUCAGAAGCAUUUAAGAACCCACACAGGGGAGAAACCUUUUGAAUGCUCAGAGUGUGGACAGAGAUUUAGUGAGAGGGGGACUCUUCAACAGCAUAAGAGAACCCACACAGGGGAGAAACCUUUUGAAUGCUCAGAGUGCGGAAAGAGAUUCAGUCAUCGUGGCAGUCUUCGGUAUCAUCAAAGAACCCACACAGGGGAGAAACCUUUUGAAUGCUCAGAGUGUGGACAGAGAUUUGGUGAGAGGGGGACUCUUCAACAGCAUCAGAGAACCCACACAGGAGAGAAACCUUUUGAAUGCUCAGAGUGCGGAAAGAGAUUCAGUCAUCGUUUCAGUCUUCAGAGUCAUCAAAGAACCCACACAGGGGAGAAACCUUUUGAAUGCUUAGAGUGUGGAAAGACAUUCAGUGUGAAUUCCAGUCUCCAAAAGCAUCAGAGAACCCACACAGGGGAGAAACCAUUUGAAUGCUCAGAGUGUGGAAAGAGAUUCAUUCACAGCGGCCAUCUUCAACGACAUCAAAGAGUCCACACAGGGGAGAAACCAUAUGAAUGCUCAGAGUGUGGAAAGAGAUUUAGUGUCCAUGGCAAUCUUCAACUGCAUCAAGUAACCCACACAGGGGAGAAACCUUUUGUAUGCUCAGAGUGUGGAAAGAGAUUCAGUCUGAAAUACAGUCUUCAAAAGCAUCUAAGAACCCACACAAGGGAGAAAUGUUUUGAAUGCUCACAGUGUGGAAAGAGAUUUAGUGUGAAUUCCAGGCUUCAGUAUCAUCAAAGAACCCACACAGGGGAGAAACUACUGAAGGCAGCGCAGCUACAAGCCUGCUUCAGUGUGCAGACUCCAUUUUGUGGCCCCAUGGGUCGGCAUGGGGUGGCAGAGGGGGGGGCUGGGGCUGAUAACUGUAGUUAG